UGAAAUUCUGCAAAGUAUUUAUUUUAAAGUUUCGCGGUUAUGCCCUCAAUUUAUCGUUCUUCUUCUUCUUCUCCUUCUUCAUCAUCAUCCUCAUCCUCGUCAUCUUCUUCUCCCUGCGAUCCCAUCAUCACCAUCACCACUACCUUGCCUCGCUCUCGAUCGCCCAACGGCUCGGAAUGUGCAAACGAUUGGAUUGGGUUUUUACUGUGGUUUUUGGCUGCCGAGAGAAUUUGGAACUGGAGAAGAAUGUGGAUUUUUGAGGAUCUUGUCCUUCUUCAUUUUUUUUUUUUGGCAAAACUUAAACUCUGAGUAGGCAGUUGUGUUUCGGUUCAAAUUACUGGUUUUUGGUAUUUGAUUUUGGAGUUAUAUGUUUAGCUAUGGCUAAUUUUAUAACUGGAAUGGUAGAAUUCGGGAGUGGAUUUUUUUGUUUUCUUUCCUUUUUCCGAGCGGCCAAACAUUUAUGCUAAGAAAGCUAAGGAAGUUCUCCAUGGCCCCUUCAAGAAAAUCCAGAAACGGAAAUAAGCAGCUUUCCAACGUUAAUGAAGUUUCUCCUAACAAACACGGAGAAACUGUAAACAGAAGUAGGCAGAAAAAGCGGAAGUUGUCUGACAUGUUAGGGCCUCAAUGGAGUAAGCGAGAACUUGAACGUUUCUAUGAAGCUUAUCGUAAGUAUGGGAAAGAUUGGAGGAAGGUGGCUUCUGCAAUUCGUAACCGUUCAGCAGAGAUGGUUGAGGCCCUCUAUUCUAUGAACAGGGCAUACUUAUCUCUUCCUGAUGGAACUGCCUCUGUUGCUGGACUGGUAGCAAUGAUGACUGAUCAUUACUGUGUACUAGGAGUAAGUGACAGUGAUGAAGAGAGCAAUGGGGCUGGAGGAGAAUUUCAUGAGCCUCAAAAGGGCACACGAGGAAAAUCUCAUAAUAUCACAUAUAAAGGAUCGGACAGGACUUUGCCAGAUCUUUCACAUUUCCACUCGGCUACAUCACAUAAUGGAUGCCUGCCACUGUUAAAAAGGAGGCGCUCUGGUAUUAUACCUCAUGCUGUUCGAAAAAGGACUCCUCGUUUUGAUGUAUCAGACGCUGAUAAAGAUAGCAGGGAUGCUAAUAGUGAUGCUGUUCAUAAGCUAGCAAUGGUUAUGACAGAGGCUUCACAAAGAAGUGGUUCUCCCCAUGUUUCUUGGAGGCCUAACAGGAAAAUAGAAGCUGGUACACCAUCACCACAUCAGGAUGGUGGUAGGAUGUUUGCUAGACCAGAAAUGAGUGGUGGAAAGCUUCGGCAUGCUAAAGUUGAUGACAGUGCUAGUGGGUUUAGCAUAGGGAACACAGAAACUAAUAAUAAGGAUUAUGAGAAACCAAGAAAUCAUUUGAUGGGUAGAAAAGGUGCUGGUACCGAGAACGGUCAAGAGAAAGGAAAGAACUAUUAUGUAAAAAAGCUAGAAGAUGAAGACAAUGUAAAUGAUCAGUUGGAUGACAUAGAAGAAGAUUGUAUUGGAACAGAGAAACAAAAAUUUAAUGCUAAGGGAAGAAUUCAAACUGAGGUUGUGAAUGUGAAAAGUCCAAGGUCCAUUUCAAAGGAUCCAAGGAAGAGAAGUAGAAAUUCUCUUUAUGAAGGAGAUGAGGAUUCUCCUUUUGAUGCCCUGGUAACUCUGGCAAAUACAUCUUUGAUGAUGCGAGAAGAAACUGCUGAUACAGUUUGUGAUGUUGAAGAUACUACUUUCAGAGCAUCUAAACUGGGAAAGUCCAAGGGGGGUGGCCCUGAGUUUAAUGCUGGUAUACAGAAAAGUAAACAGAAGUCUUCCCCGUCAAAAUUACAGAUACAUGAAAAUAGACCACAAGUUGAUUUCCAUCAGAGUGACAAUCAGAAGAUUGAGAUUAACGACAAGGAAAAGAGGCUUGUUUGUAAAGGCAAACGCUCCUCUCAUACUUCAACAAGUCUACAACGAAAAUUGGUGAAGCCUUUGGUUCUUACAUAUUCAGAAAGCAGUUUUAAAGGGAAAGUGAACAAUUCUGUUUUAUUAACAAGAGAAGUUCAUCCUCCAAACCAGUUGAACAUACCUACAAAAGCCCGGAGUAGACGGAAGAUGAACAAACAGAAACCAUUUAUUACAAAAGAUGUAAAAAAAACUGAGAAAGAUUUAGAUGACCGACCUAAUUUACACAUUUCUUUAUUUGGUAAUGGAAGUCUAAAUCUCAAGGAAAAACUAUCUACUUGCCUGCAUCAGUAUCAGGCACGAAGAUGGUGUGCUUUUGAGUGGUUUUAUAGUGCAAUUGAUUACCCAUGGUUUGCCAAAAGUGAGUUUGUUGAGUACCUGAAUCACGUUGGAUUAGGUCAUGUUACAAGAUUGACUCGUGUUGAAUGGGGUGUGAUAAGAAGUUCGCUUGGCAGACCACGAAGAUUUUCAGAGCAAUUUUUGAAGGAGGAAAAGGAGAAGCUUAAUCUGUACCGGGAGUCUGUUAGAGCACAUUAUGCUGAGUUACGUGCUGGCACCAGUGAAGGACUUUCUACUGAUUUAGCUCGGCCUCUAUCAGUUCAACAACGUGUUAUUUCUAUUCAUCCGAGGACUAGGGAGAUUCACGAUGGAACUGUGCUAACAGUUGAUGACAGUAGGUACCACGUACAGUUUGACAGACCUGAUUUAGGAGUUGAAUAUGUCAUGGACAUUGAUUGCAUGCCGUUAAAUCCAAUGGAGAAUCUGCCGGCAUCUUUUACAAGGCACAACGAUUGUUUUGAGACUUUUAAUGUGUGCAAAAUCAAUAAACAGCCAAAAGAAGGAAAGACUGAUGAGUACGUGAAGGUUGUCUCAAUUGGGAAUGUAGAUAACAAUGGAAAUUUUUAUACUUCCCCAUCAACUCAUGACAUUUGCGAAGGAUUAAGGCAGAAAGAGGGUUAUGCAUCACGUUCUGAUUUACAAGCUAAAGUUGCAUCCUACAAAACCACUACCCCACAAAACAAAACAAAUUUUCAGCCUUCGCCACUUGCGCAGAUGCGGGCAAAAGAAGCUGACGUACAAGCUAUUUCUGAGUUAACUCGUGCACUUGACAAAAAGGAAGCUGUAGUGUUUGAGUUGAGGCGCAUGAAUGACGAUGUCUUGGAAAAAGAAAAGAAUGGAGACAGCUCUCUUAAGAAUUCUGAAACUUUUAAGAAGCAUUAUGCUGCUGUACUCUUGCAAUUUGAUGAAGUCAAUAAACAGGUUUCUUCUGCUCUACUUGCCUUGAGAAAACGCAAUACAUAUCAAGGAAUCUCUCCUCUGGCUGGUUUAAAUGACCCUGAAUGUCGCUCAAGCUCUGCAGAUUUUUGUUUAUACAAUAUCCAAGACUGUGGAUCUCAGGUAGCUGAAAUUGUUGACACUUCAGAAAUGAAGGCCAGAAAAAUGGUUGGUACAGCGAUGCAGGCAAUGUCGUCUUUGGAGAAGACGGGAAUAAACUUGAUGAGUUUUGGGGAGGCUGCAGUCUUUGUAAAAAAUCGACUUUCAGAAGAGGAUUUAGACAUGCCAGCCAUGAGAUCUUCUUCUACCUACAGAGAUAAAGUGAAGGCUUAUCCCGAACAGUCUCCAGGUGCAUCAACACCAUCGGCAACUUGUCAUGCUCCUGAUCUUGAGUUGAAUGGACUAUUCAACCAAAAUGAACCAAAAGUUCCUUCAGAACUCAUUGCAUCCUGUUUAGCUACCUUACUCAUGAUUAAGAGAUGCACAGAACGGCCAUUUCCACCGGCGGAAAUUGCUCGGGUGCUAGACUCUGCUGUCACAACUUUGCAGCCACGUUGUUCACAGAACCGUUCAGCUUAUGAGGAAAUACAGAGAUUAAUGGGUAUUAUUAGAACUAAGAUAUUGGCACUUGUACCUACAUAAGUCCAUGCUAAAUCCCCCUAUUAUUUGUCUAUCUGCACUUGUAACAACAUAAUACAUAACUAAUAGGUUUACUACAGCAUUUUUUCCCCUUUUCUUUCUAUUGUUUUCUAAUAAUAAUGUACAGUAUAUAGUGUCAGUAUAUAUAAGAAUAAGUUGAGAUAAUCAUUAUCGGUUACAUGACA